AUGAGCUUUGCCACCCAAGCGGCCGCGUCCGACGGCGCUAAGAAGCCGCAAGAGCCCAAGGCGCCGGUAAAAGCCGUCGAACUCGACGGCGGCGCCGCGCUCAAGAUCAUGAAACAUUGCGCCGACGCCGCGCCCGGGAGCGCGACCGGACAGCUGUUGGGGCUGGAUAUCGGCGCGAGCCUCGACGUGACGGCGUGCUUUCCGUUUCCCAAGGUGACCGCGGACGAUCAGUACGAUCCGGACGGCUCGUUCGCCGCGGAGGAGGGCGCGGCGUAUCAACUCGACAUGAUGCGGUGCUUGCGAGAGAUUAAUGUGGAUUCGAACAUCGUUGGAUGGUAUCAGAGCACGUAUCUCGGGACGUUUUAUAACGAGGAACUCAUCGCGACGUUUUUGUCCUACUCCGAGAGCUUGCAGCGCUGCGUGUGCGUGGCGUACGAUCCGACGUACGCGGAGCAAGGCGUGUGCGCGUUGAAGGCGUUGAAACUGAGUGAAAAGUUUAUCGAGGCGUAUAAGAAUGGCAACGGAGAGUUGACCGUGGAACAGAUUCAUGAGAAAGGGUUGAAGUGGAAUGAUGUCGUGGUGGAGGUGCCGCUGACGAUUAGGAAUAGCGCGCUCGCCACGGCGGUGAUGGGCGAGUUGAUGCGAGACAAGGAUGUGACGCUCAACGACACCGAUUACGAGAGAUUGGAUUUGAGCACGGCGCCGUUCGUGGAGGAGAACAUGAAGUUGCUCGGCGAGUGCAUGGAGGAUUUCGCGAACGAGCAGCAGCGUGUGGCGUAUUACCAGCGCAACAUGCAGCGGUACCAGUCGCAACACGCCCACUGGUUGCACAAGCGUCGUCAAGAAAACGCGCGUCGACGCGCCGCAGGGGAGGACUUGCUUCCGGAAGAAGAUCCCAACUACAAAGCUCCGCAACCGCCGAGUCGCUUGGAGAACUUUUUGAUCACCAACCAAGUCGCUGAGCACGUGACUCACCUCGAAAAUUUCACCAAGAAGACGUCGGCCAAGCUCGAUUUGGUCACCGCGCUGGGGAAGUAA